CAUGUAGCCCACUCUUCCAUAAUCUCCCUGCUAUCUUUUCGAGCAAAAACGGUUUUAUUCAACCCCAAUCUCCAUCUUUUAGGUUUUUCGACAACAUGCAGCGUCUUCUCUUCAUGCUCUCACUCUCCAUCGCCUCUGCUACUUUUGCAUCCCUCUGCGGUGCCCACGGCGUAUCUGGCCCGGACAACGCAAAGAGGCAGGUAGCGUCAACGAUUUCAUAUGAUCCAUAUUCGACAUGGGCUUAUACUGCCGGGGAGCCGAGUGAUGGAACUGUGAUCUGGGCUCCUUUGACUUAUUACGCAUCGGACUAUUCGCUGAUGACAUCAUCCAAAUACUAUACCAUCUGCCCAGAUAGCACCUAUCUCAGCUCUAUAUCUUCAUACAUGUUCACUUGCAGCAAGUUAUGGACGGCGUGCACGUCAGGGUAUCUCGUCGCUGAGUCAACCUCGAGCUUUUGUUUGAGUGCUGGAUAUACGUGUUUUACGUCGCUCCUAUUCCCGUCUUAUGGCGCAAGUGAGGCGGUAACAAAACUAGGUUGCGCGACCCACCCAGAUGAGACUGUCUCUACGAUUUUCUCAAUCUACCAAGAAAGACCACCUCCAACGAUCCUAGCGGCGGAUUUGACUUCCACGGCCUCGACUUCAACGCCUAGCGCUAGCCCGGCCUCCUCUCUUGCGACCUCCACCGCGACGUCAACCUCAUCCGCCUCCGCCCAUUCCUCGUCCAAGCCAAAUCGCACGGGCAUAAUAGCCGGUAGCGUCGUCGCCGGCGUGGCGGUCCUGGUCAUGGGCAGCCUGGGUGUCCUGUACGUCUUGAGAAGAACUCGGCGCAACAAUGCAUCUGCUCCGCCCGGAAUGGGUCCCAAUCAGGCGGAGAAGAUGGAAAACCCGGAUACAUUGCCAGAAUGGUCUCCAACUACGCCUCAGCCCAUACCAGUGUCUUGAUGGCAUCUCGUGGAGCGAGCUGAGCGGCGUGCAUCAGCCUUAUCUGCCGCCUAGAUGGGAAAGAAAAUAAACACAGGUGCAAAGGA